AUAUGCGCGAGGUCCUGGGCUAGGGUUUGGUCAUGUUGUACGCUCCGCUGCAGAGGAAUACGGCUCCGGUGGUCUCUCUGCUUUCUCUGGGGCGUCGGCGAGGAGGUCAAGUGGUGGGCGAAGGCUGCGGUCGGCUUUUAUGGGUUCACGCUCGAGGUCAAUUUUCUCUCUCAGAUCUCGUUCUGUGGUUUCGGUUCGUGAGGAGGGGGAAGGUUUGGCUCCUCCGGGAUCUCGGCGGUCUCUGCCUAGUCCUAGGGGGUCAAUUGGCGUGGGAUGGUCUCAGACCUUGGUUGGCUCUCUCUCGGUUCUCGACGGGCCGACCAGCACUGGGUUCUGUCAUUCGCUGUCGUGUGCUUCGGUGGAUUUCAUUACCACGUUGGCGGGGUGUGGGCUUCAGUUCGCAGCCGGGUUGGUACUCGAGUUCAGUCUGUCUCGCGUAGGCAGUGUAAGCGGUUUAAAGGGCGGUUGUCUAUGCCGCUUGAGUGGCUGUUUGUUUUUGCUUCCACACUUCGGACCUUUUCUUCACGAUUCCCUGUUUUGAAGUUCUCUCGAGGCUUUGGUCUUCGAGUGAAGUUUACCCUUGUUCUUAUUGUGUCUUUGCCAUGGAUAGUAAAGGCGUCUAGCAGCUCCAGUUUCAGCUCGCCGGUUCUCGGCGACUUCAGGCGUUGUGGUGGUUCUCGUGUCAUUCGCCGCCGCUUUAUUGCGUUUGGUCUUUGCUCACUUCCCAGCAUCACUAAGAUUCGCUUGAGCUCUAGUGGUGGUGUGCAAGACAAUUGGGUGCAGGUUGGGUCCAUUUCAGGGAGUACGGAGGCUGCGGCCCGUUUUACUCGGAGCGGGAUCUUCUGAUUCAUUUCGGGCUAAAUAAUUGCUCAGGCGGAUUGAUGUGGGUGUGCUAGGCUGCUUCUGUGGUUCUCUGUUCAUGUCUGCAGGUACUAUGAAGUCUUCGGCAAGCUGUUCUCAGGCGGGUCAUUAUCUUUAAGAGCGGAUUCAUCGGGGAGGCCAAAAUUACCGGGUUCCGGCUCUCGGUUGAACUUGGCUCGUUUUUUUGCGGCAAGCAGUAGGUUGACUUAGUCGAAGCAUCUGGAUAGCGAUCUCGGUUUGUGUCUGCCCCUGUUUCGGUUUGUUGUGGAGUUUGUGUGUAGAUUUUCUUUUUUUUUUUCUGCUUCUUGUCAUCCAUGUACUUCUGUCAAAAAUUUAAAAACUUGGUAAUAAUAUCUUUACAUUUUUACCAAAAAAAAAAAAAAAAAAAAUGGCCUUAAUAAAAUCUUGACAACGCAACCGUUAAGUACAUCCAUGAUGUUAAUCCCAUACGGUACAAACAGCACAUGGACUUGCUUCACAAUGGAGCCCAUGUAAGCCCAUCAGGCCCAUACUUUAUAAAAAAAAAGAGUAGAAAUAAUUAUUUCACGGUUCACUGAAAAAAUCUAAUCCUCCGCCGAACGGUCGCCGUCGAAGAGGAGAGACGAUGAACAACUCCACCAGAAUCCUCUCUCUCUUCUCUCCUCCUCCUCCUAUCUUACGUGGCCUCUUCAUCAGCCGCUUAACCAAUCUCCGCCGUCUCCACCGUCUCGCCUCUGCUCCUUCCUUCGUUAACUCAUCCCAUCGACGUUCUCCGUUGUCUUUUCCGCCGCUUAUCCCCACGAUACCUCUCAGCCGUUUCCAUACUCACCGAGCUCGUACCUCCGCCUCCGAUUCUGUUCCUUCUCAUCACCACCAGCUGCCUGAAUGGGCGGAGCUGAUCAAGUCUCUCUCCAAAGCUGGUUACUUUACAGAUUCCGGUUUUGAAAACGAGUUCUUUCCCGGUUUACCAGAAGAGCUUAUCCGUCAAGCUCUUGCUUGCUUGGCACUAGCUCGUGAUCGACCCGAGUUGCUUGAAAUGGUUUCGAGGAGAGAUGUUCAAGUGGUGGUGGAGAAUGUGAAGCCGUUCUUGUUUAGGACAGGUGCAGAUUCUCUCAAAAGGAUGAGGCUUUACCUAACAAGUGGUCGUCAGGGCAUUGGUAAGGUACUGGAUGUGGAUAAGGCGAGUACAGUGGAUUUGAUGAGGCUUCUUUUGAGUUAUGUUGUGGAUUUGUCUUCUUCUGAGGGAAGCAAACACCAUGACCGAGAGAUCAUGGAGUCUUCGGUUCGAAACCUUUUGAGCGAGAUAGCAAAGAUGAGCUUCUGUACUCCUGAGUCAAACGGCGCAAUGCAAAAUAAGUUCUCGGAGAGAAAUGGAGGUUUAUUUCAGAAGAACGUUGAGAAGAAACAAGGUGACUGGAUUUGCUCGAGGUGUAGUGGCUUGAACUUUGCGAGAAAUGUCAAAUGCUUCCAGUGUGAUGAAGCAAGACCAAAGCGACAGCUAACUGGUAGUGAAUGGGAGUGUCCUCAAUGCGAUUUCUACAACUAUGGGAGGAACAUAGCCUGCUUAAGAUGCGACUGCAAGCGACCCGGGGACUUCUCACUCAAUUUAGCUAACUCUGGCUCUGCUUAUUCGAAGGAUCCUGAACUUGAGAGAAGACUGGUGGAAAAUGAAGAGAAAGCACAGAGAUGGUUUAGUAAACUAGCGCAGGGUGGUGGUUCUGAUGCAAACAGUGUUGAUACCGAUGAAGAUUUCCCAGAGAUUAUGCCUUUGAGGAAAGGAGUGAAUAGAUAUGUUGUUAACACGAGAAAGACACCUCUUGAGAGAAGGUUGGCUAAUACUGAGACAGAUGGAACUAAAACGAAUAGGAGCCUGAAUGAGAUUCUCGGUUCUUCAUCCUCUUCGGCUUCUUCCAGGAGGUUUGAAUCCUCUCAGGUAGUUAACUCUGAUUUUGUCCCCUUCGUGCCACUACCUUCCGAUAUGUUUGCCAAGAAGCCUGACAAGGAGGGCACACAGAAAGGUCAAAUGGACGACGUCUCAGACGACAAUGGAAUCCUCUAUAAAGAGGACAAGUCAAGUGGCAAAGAAACAGAUGAACCUGAAAAGGAUGAGAAAGAAUCAGAUUGGUUAAAGAAGGUCACAGAACUGCACAAGGUUUCUGAUCCUGAAAGCUCAAUACCGGAAGAGAAUUCUCCUGAGAAAAUGCCAAUGCGUAAAGGAGAGAAUCAGUAUGUGGUUAGCAGGAAGAAAGACCGUUCACUGACUUCUCCAGCAAACAAGAGACGAAUGUCCAUUGAGACAAAAGACUCAGACUUUGUCCCUUUUGUACCUUUCCCACCUGACUAUUUCGCCAAACACAAACAGCCAGAGGAAACAACAACAACAACAGAUACUAUUCCAGCUCCCGUUACUAAAAACCCUUCUCAGGUAGUACAAAAAGAACCUUCAAGUAGCAUUCCAGAACCAAUGGCAGAGAAGAUAAGAAAUGGAAAGAGCUUGGAGGGUUCGUUAGUGAAGGAGCCUGACUUGUUGGACAUGUCGGAGGAAGCUAAAGCAGAGAGAUGGUUUAAGCGAGUGGCUGAGAUUAAGAACAUAUCAGAGCUAAGUCAGAUCCCUGACGAAGACUUCCCGUCGAUUAUGCCAAUGAGGAAAGGAGUAAAUAGGUUUGUAGUCAGCAAGAGGAAGACUCCAUUAGAACGGCGUUUAGCUUCUCAACGCCAGCAGAGAGAUCCUCCUCUGAUCACCAAUUCCGAUCCAGCCAGUAACAGAGAUACAUGAACUUGUAGCAUAACAAUUUUUGCAGUGUAAUUUACAGUACCACUAUUUUAUUAUUUAUUACAAAUUAUGAGAUUCAUUACAUCUAUAAAGUAAUAAAACAAAAUUAUUUGGACA